AGCAUGGAGGUGGGUGGGAGCUCCGCACCCUGGGUCCUGGGAGAAGGGGUGACUGGGGUCCCCGACUUCUCCGUCUGAAAGAGGAGGGGCUGGGAGCCAGGACCCUUGGAUCCUGGGGAGCAGAAGUUCAUGAUCUCAGAUCUCUGGAUCCUCUAAGGAAGCUCUCUGGGUCUCUGACACGUCAGUCCGGGGAAGUCUCCCUUCUUCCUUGCAGUGGCCGCGCGAUUUCGGCUUUCAAGCCUCAGGGAGGCAUUAAGGCAUUAAGGACUUCAACUCCCAGUAGCCCCUGCAGCGCCGGAUCUGUAAAGCCGCAGCAGCGCGGACGCAAAGCCCGCCGGGAAUUGUAGUCUCUAAACUCAAGGAGCUGGGGACCCGGAGGUGGGAGGGGGUAGUUGUACCUCCGGGGUCGCCUGGGGUCGAGCAGCUGGCCCGAGUAGGACAAGAUGUGAGGCUCGGACUAAGCUUUUAUUCCCGGCCACGACCUCAGAUCCGGCACCCCCUUUCACCACCUGGCGCGUGGGGACGGGUCCGCAGCCCCUUGUCCUCCCUACAACCCCCAUGGGCUGCCGCCAGCCGCCUCGCCUGCCACCCAGGACACGGCAGGGAUAAGCGCAGCACAGGACCCACCGGCCACCAUGUCAGGAGACUACGAAGAUGACCUCUGCCGGCGGGCACUCAUCCUGGUCUCGGACCUCUGUGCGCGGGUCCGAGAUGCUGACACCAGCGACAGGUGCCAGGAAUUCAACGACCUGCGAAUUCGAGGCUAUCCCCGGGGCCCAGAUGCAGACAUCUCCGUGAGCCUGCUGUCGGUCAUCGUGACGUUCUGUGGCAUCGUCCUUCUGGGCGUCUCCCUCUUCGUGUCUUGGAAGUUGUGCUGGGUGCCCUGGCGGGACAAGGGAGGCUCUGCAGUGGGCGGUGGCCCCCUGCGCAAAGACCUAGGCCCUGGGGUCGGGCUGGCAGGCCUGGUAGGCGGUGGUGGGCACCACCUGGGGGCUGGCCUGGGUGGCCAUCCUCUGCUCGGGGGCCCACACCACCAUGCCCACACUGCCCACCAUCCACCCUUCGCUGAGCUGCUGGAGCCAGGCAGCCUAGGAGGCUCUGACCCCCCUGAGCCCUCUUACUUGGACAUGGACUCAUACCCAGAGGCUGCGGCAGCUGCAGUAGCCGCUGGAGUCAAACCCAGCCAGACAUCUCCCGAGCUGCCCUCUGAGGGCGGGGCGGGCUCUGGGCUGCUCCUGCUGCCCCCUAGUGGUGGGGGUUUGCCCAGUGCCCAGUCGCAUCAGCAGGUUACAAGCCUGGCACCCACCACCAGGUACCCGGCCCUGCCCCGGCCCCUCACCCAGCAGACCUUGACCUCCCAGCCAGACCCGGGAAGUGAGGAGCGGCCGCCCGCUCUACCUUUACCCCUGCCAGGUGGAGAGGAAAAAGCCAAGCUCAUCGGGCAAAUCAAGCCAGAGCUAUACCAGGGGACAGGACCUGGUGGCUGGCGGGGCGGCGGGGCCCCGGGCUCUGGAGAGGCCGGCACUGGGGCCCCCUGCGGCCGCAUCAGCUUUGCCCUGCGGUACCUCUAUGGCUCGGACCAGCUGGUGGUUCGGAUCCUGCAGGCCUUGGACCUCCCGGCCAAGGACUCCAAUGGCUUUUCAGACCCCUACGUCAAGAUUUACCUGCUUCCUGACCGAAAGAAAAAGUUUCAGACCAAGGUGCACAGGAAGACCCUGAACCCUGUAUUCAAUGAGACAUUUCAGUUCUCCGUGCCCCUGGCUGAGCUGGCCCAGCGCAAACUGCACUUCAGUGUCUAUGACUUUGACCGCUUCUCGCGGCACGACCUCAUCGGCCAGGUGGUGCUGGACAACCUCUUGGAGCUGGCCGAGCAGCCCCCCGACCGCCCGCUGUGGAGGGACAUCGUGGAGGGUGGCUCGGAAAAGGCAGAUCUUGGGGAGCUCAACUUCUCACUCUGCUACCUCCCCACGGCUGGGCGCCUCACCGUGACCAUCAUCAAAGCCUCUAACCUCAAAGCGAUGGACCUCACUGGCUUCUCCGACCCGUACGUGAAGGCCUCUCUGAUCAGCGAGGGGCGGCGUCUCAAGAAGCGGAAAACCUCCAUCAAGAAGAACACGCUGAAUCCGACGUACAACGAGGCACUGGUGUUCGACGUGGCCCCUGAGAGCGUGGAGAACGUGGGGCUCAGCAUCGCGGUGGUAGACUAUGAUUGCAUCGGGCACAACGAGGUGAUUGGCGUGUGCCGCGUGGGCCCGGAAGCUGCGGACCCCCAUGGCCGUGAGCACUGGGCCGAGAUGCUGGCCAACCCCCGCAAGCCCGUGGAGCACUGGCAUCAGCUGGUGGAGGAAAAGACUUUGACCAGCUUCACAAAAGGCAGCAAAGGAUUGUCAGAGAAAGAGAACUCAGAGUGAGGGGUCUGGCCUAGGGCCCAGAACGGACCAGGCCCCCUCUGGACCCCAUCCCUUCUUGCCCGGACUGUGAAUUCAUCUCCUCGAAGCCAUAACGUCCGAGCUGCGUGGUGCGGGGCAGCCCUGGGCUUGCCCAUCCUUUUACCCCUGGAAGUGUGAGGGUGGGAGGCAGGUGGGCCCAGCACCCUGCUUCAGGGUGGCGGGCAUUCAGUCUCCACUGUGUCUGUCUCUCCUUUUCUGGGGCUCCCCUUCCAAGCAAGGGGCCAUGCAUGUCUGGGGGACCCCAGGCCCCCAAACUCUCCGUCUGUCUGUCUUUUUGCUGUUUGUUCAAGACUUGGUGUCCUGACCCUCAUUCUCACCGUGAAUGUCAACAGACCAAUCCACCGUGUUCUCCUAGACACACAUACCUGUAUCUAUCCCUUCUGUUCGCCACACCCCGCGUCUGGCCGAUCCCCCCACUGCUGCUGCUAUCAACGCCAGAAUAAACACACACAAGAGUUCUCCUUACUUCUCAUUGCCAGAACUGGGUUCUAUGGCCACCCUGAGUUGGAAAGCAGUCUGGGAAAGUCUGGAGGCCAGAAGUCUGAAGUCAUGGUAUCAGCAGGGUUGGUUGUGGACUCUGGGAGAGGCUCUGUCCCACACCCCUCUCCCAGCUCCUGGUGGCUGCCGGCAGUUCUUGGCGUUCCUUGGCUUGUAGACGCAUCACUCCAAUCUCUGCUCCCGUCUUCACAUCGCCUUGUCUCCUGUGCUUCUCUGCCUCAAAUCUCACUCUGCCUUUCUCUUUUUAUGAACAUAUAACACUGAUGUUUUUUAUUGCCCUCUAACUAGGAGUAUAUUUUACUCUCUUUUCUCAACCAGUGAGCAGCAAUUUUCAAACCCUAAUAAAUGUCAAGCUUAUAAAGCUUGUAAAAUUCAGCUUUAAGAUAAACAGUGCAGUCUAUUAACAGCCACAAGAAAUGCAAGUUAAUUUUAACCUAAUAAAUAUCCUGAAAAUACCCAUAAGAAGACAGUCUAUCAUGCCAAAGAAACAUCUUUUAAACCAAUGUCAUACUCUCUUGGUUUCUUGGGCAGGCUGCUAGUUUAUUCUUUACAAUCUUUAAUGAUAACACUAUCUUCAGCAAGUGUUUAUCUGGUACACAAAUGAGCUUUGAAGUCAGACAGCCUAGACUCAAAUUCUUUCUCCCCACGUAUUAGCUCUAUGACUGGGCAAAGUAUAUAAUUUCUCUAUGCCCUAAUUUUUAAACAGUAAGAUAGAGAAAAUGAUAAUGCCUACUUCAUAAGAAUGUAUUGCAGGUUAAGGGAAAUAAUGUACAUGAGACACUUAGCAUGAUAUUUGGCAUAUAAUAAUAUGAUUCAAAUGUUGGCUAUUAAUAUUGAGAAUAAUGGUGAUUAUAAUUGCUAAUGAUUAUCAUAUAUUAUUAGAAUGUAUUUGUGCAUUAGGAAUCUUUGUAAUCACUUCAAUAUUGACCGACCUAUUAUAUAAGUAUCAGCUGUUCCAGAAAGGAGCAAGAUAUUUCAGUGUAGGGAAGUCUAAACAGGAUCAUUUUUUAUCACCAGUUUGCUUUGAAUAGUCAUAGUUGGUUACAAUCAUUCCUACAUAUUUUUUUUCUGCCUUUCUCUAUAAGGACAUGCGUCAUUGGAUUCAGGGACCACUCUAAGUCCAGGAUGAUUUCAUCUGAAGAUCCUUAACUUAAUUACGUCUUCAAAGCCCCCUUUUCCAGGUCAAGUCACAUUCACAGGUUCUAGGGGGUUAGGACAUAUCUUUUUUUUUCCCCCCUGCUGUUUUUCAA